AUGUCCCGACACCAGUCAGAGACUCUCACGACAAGAGACGUCCGCGAUCCAAUACCCCCAGAAAUCUUACAGCAGACACUGAGCGCUCCGCCCUUCAUCCCCAUCCCAGGGCUCAUCAACAUCCGCGACCUCGGCGCCGUCCCCGGCUCCGGCGUCCGUCCAGGUCUCGUAUACCGCUGCGGCAUGCUCGAAGCCGCCACCCAAAACCCGCAGGCUCUCAAGUGGCUGGCUGCCAACGUGAAGCACGUCUUUGACGUCCGUACCUCUGCGGAACGUGAGAAACAUCCCGAUCCAGAGGUCAACGGGGUCGCAAACACAUGGCUUGAGAGCGCGGGCGUCCACAGCCCGCCUGAUCUGGACGACUUUGUCGAGGCCGGGGGCGAAGUUGGUCUCCGGAAGGAGUACCUCAAGGUCCUCGACUUGUACGGACCCAUCUACCGAGCCAUCUUGGAGCACGUGCGUGAUAGGCCCGAGGAGCCUUUUCUCUUUCACUGCACAGCUGGAAGAGACCGCACCGGCGUAAUGGCAGGUCUCCUACAAUCUCUCGCGGGCACCGCGCCCGAGGACGUUCGUUUCGAUUACAUGCUCUCGCGCAUCGGUACCGAGCCAGCGAGGGGGCGGCUCCUCCAGCAGGCCCGCGCCGGCGGCGGUAGCCUCGCUUUCGAGCAACACCCGGGCUUUUACAACCUGUGCAGCCUGCGGACGUCGUGCUGGGAUGCGUUCGUCGCGGCAUUGCAGGAAGUGCACAGCGGUUGGGAGGGGUACAUUCUGACAAGUCUUGGUUUUUCGACCGACGACCUGGCCAGGAUUAAGAAUAACCUUCGCGGGGAUGAGAAUUCAGGGUUGAAUUUUACGGCGUGA